ACUGAGCGGCACUAGCCCCGCCCCUUUCUUCUCCGCUCCUUCAGGAAGUAAAGCGGAGAUGGUUCRUGAGGAGCUGACGGUCCGUCUGAACGACAGAGAGUACAAAAACUGGCUGAAAGCAGGUCGGUGUCUGCUCAUCCUGAAGGAUGGCCUCCACCCGUUCACUGACCACCAGAUGAGAGCUUUCCACGGAGAUCUGCUCAACCAGCACUCUCUGCUGCGGACUCCAUGUCACACACCUUCAUCAUGCAAACCCCGAAGGAAUACGCUUUCCUCGUCCUGCAGGGUGUGUUCAGAGUGGCAGAAAGUGAUCCUGGGACACCACAGACAGCCUGACGCCAACAUCAACUGGGCAAACUGUUACCCUCCACACUGGAGGACAGACCACUGGGAACUGGCCAAGGCCUACAUGCCCCGGGGUCAGACCAAAGUGAAGGCAGCUGAUCAGUGUGAUCCAUCUGCUCUGCUCAACCUCAUCAACUCCUGUAAAUGUUUCUGCUCUGUGGAGUCAAAGGUAGUAAGACAGGUGAUCCAGUACAGGAAUGAGUUGAUGCACUCCUGUGACUUCCAGGUGAAGGAUGAAUGGAUGCAGCAGUACUUCAUGGCUCUGCAGCUCUUCAUGCAGCAGCUCCAUCACGUUCCCAACAUGGCUUCUGUGGCACAACAAGUAGAAGCCAUGCUGACCGUUGAUUUGUCCAUUAGCGUCUUGGCUGCGGACCAAAUGGACUCUGCUGACUUGUUACCUGGAUUAGAGUCCGACAGUGUCAGUCAGGUGGAGGCCACCGCUGAGUUACUUAGCCAAUGGGAAACUGAGCUGCUACAAGAGAUGUUGCAGGAGUGUCUGCAUGUUGCUGCAGAGGACCACGUCGAUGCAAAGGAUCAGGAUACGCAGCAGCUGAAGAGGCUGCAGGGCUUUCUGCAGGCCAACAAAGACCUCAGAGAAAAGUUCUCUACUGAGCUCCAAGCCAUCAACUCACUGGAGCUUAAAGAGUGAGAAGAAGAAAAGGAGGAGGAAAACAUCACACUGCACAACUACAUUAAUGACUCAAACACAGAGUCAGAGKUGAAGUGGAAGAACAAAGAGUUGUCAGCUGUACGUGUUGUGAUUCUUCAAUAUGACAUCAACACAAUAUAGCGUCUUAUUACAGAAAAAUAUUUUAUAUCACAGUUCCUAAUCUAAGAAGAAGGAAUAAUUUGAUUUCAGGGGAAAGUUUGAGUUUUAUAUUUUCACUGUUUUGGGGUUUUGUACAAAUGUUUUUACAUAAACAUGAGGCAAACGGUUUAGAUUGAGCAAAAGUCAGUUCAACUUUAAGUUAAAUUACAGCAGAUCUGCAGGAAUGCUGUAAGGUCCUGGUCAGCCAAACGGAUGACCAUAUUUUGAGCUGAUGAAAUUCAAAGAAGGGAGUGUUUAAUCAAACUGAAACUGACUGAGACAUCUCUACCAAUUGGUUUUAGUAUGUAAUGCUAAAAACAUCCACCAGAAGGCACUGUGACAGGAAAUGGUUAAUUAGUAUUUACCUCCUCCAACUAGGAAGUCAAGAACAAGGAAAUUUAACAUGACAUCAUGACAGUUUUUGGAAAAACUUUGAAAGAAAUGUAUACUUUUUUACAUAUUUUGAUAAUAAAGACAUUAAUAAACAGAAA